UCUCCGGAGAGUUUUCCCUCCCUAGGCUCAGCUUUUUCAGGUUUGCAUUUUAAUUCCCGGGGUUUCCUGUUCCGGAGGCGCGGGCGGCGCCUUUGCCGUGGAGGCUGUUGUAGUAACCGGGCUUGGUUCCGGCGGCGACCCGGGGACUCUCUGAAGAAGCUGUGACGGAUGCAGAAAUGACUGAAUGAACCCAGGGUUUCAAGGAUCUAGUAACAUUGCUCAACAUGGGCACCCAUGGCUGCCACAGGCAGUUGCUGAGUAUACAUUCUGAGUGGAAGAUGUAGCGUAUCUAGAGGAUACAUCACCAUGCAAGGCAAUACAUGUCACAGAAUGUCGUUCCACCCGGGACGAGGGUGUCCCCGAGGACGAGGAGGACAUGGAGCCAGACCCUCAGCACCAGCUUUCAGGCCCCAAAAUCUGAGACUUCUUCAUCCUCAGCAGCCUCCUGCGCAAUAUCAAUAUGAACCUCCAAGUACCCCUUCCACCACAUACUCGAACUCUCAAGCUUCCAAUUAUAUGCCUCCACGACCGGACUUUGUACCCUUCCCUCCACCCAUGCCACCGUCAGCCCAAGGCCCUGUCCCACCCUGCCCAGUUAGGCCCCCUUUCCCCAACCACCAGAUGAGACACCCUUUCCCAGCUCCUCCCUGUUUUCCACCCAUGCCCCCUCCAAUGCCUUGCCCUAAUAACCCACCAGUCUCUGGAACACCUUCCGGACAAGGCAGUUACCCCUACAUGGUACCCCCGCCUUCCAUGCCUCACCCCCCACCCCCUCCGGUCAUGCCCCAGCAGGUUAAUUAUCAGUACCCUCCUGGAUACUCGCACAGUUUCCCGCCUCCCAACUUCAACAGUUUCCAGAACAGCUCUGGUUCUUUUCCGCCCAGUGCUAAUAAUAGCAGUAGCCCUCAUUUUAGACAUCUCCCUCCGUACCCACUCCCCAAGGCUCAGAGUGAGAGGCGGUCCCCAGAAAGGCACUAUGAUGACCACCGGCACCGGGAUCACAGUCAUGGGCGAGGUGAGAGGCAUCGGUCUCCGGAGCGCCGGGAGCGAGGCCGCAGCCCUGAAAGGAGAAGACUGGAUAGCCGCUACCGGUCGGAGUAUGAGCGGGGGCGAUCGUCGUCUCGUCACCGCAGCCACGACAGGAGCAGAGAGCGGGAACGAGAGAGACACAGGCAUCGGGACAGCCGCAGGUCGCCAUCUCCGGAAAGGUCCUACAAAAAAGAGUAUAAGAGGUCUGGAAGGAGCUAUGGUUUACCAGUUACUCCUGAACCCGCCGGAUGCGCACCAGAAUCACCUGGGGAGAGUAUUAAAAAUACAGAUUCUUGGGCCCCACCCCCGGAGAUUGCGAAUCAUCGUUCUCCAAGCAGGGAGAAGAAGAGAGCUCGCUGGGAGGAGGAGAAAGACAGAUGGAGUGAUAACCAGAGUUCUGGCAGAGAGAAGAACUACACUUCCAUCAAGGAAAAGGAGUCGGAGGAGGCUCCCCCUGACAGAAACGAGGAGGAGGAGGAGGAGCUGCUCAAACCUGUGUGGAUUCGCUGUACACAUUCAGAAAGCUAUUACUCCAGCGACCCCAUGGAUCAGGUGGGAGAUUCUACUGUCGUUGGAACAAGUAGGCUCCGUGACUUAUAUGACAAAUUUGAGGAAGAGCUGGGGAACCGGCAACAGAAGGCCAAAGCCGCUCGGCCUCCAUGGGAGCCUCCAAAGACGAAGCUAGAUGAAGAUUUAGAGAGUUCCAGCGAAUCUGAGUGUGAGUCCGAAGAGGAGAGCACCUGCUCUAGCAGCUCGGACUCUGAGGUGUUCGAUGUCAUCGCCGAGAUUAAACGCAAAAAGGCUCACCCUGACCGGCUUCACGAUGAACUCUGGUACAACGACCCGGGCCAGAUGAAUGAUGGACCACUUUGCAAAUGCAGCGCAAAGGCAAGACGCACGGGAAUUCGGCACAGCAUCUACCCCGGAGAAGAGGCAAUCAAGCCCUGUCGUCCCAUGACCAACAACGCUGGACGACUUUUCCACUAUCGGAUUACCGUCUCCCCUCCUACCAACUUUUUAACUGACAGGCCAACUGUCAUAGAGUACGAUGACCAUGAGUAUAUCUUUGAGGGGUUCUCUAUGUUUGCACACGCCCCUCUGACCAAUAUUCCACUGUGUAAAGUGAUUAGAUUCAACAUAGACUACACAAUUCAUUUUAUUGAAGAGAUGAUGCCUGAGAAUUUUUGUGUCAAAGGACUUGAACUGUUUUCACUGUUCCUAUUCAGAGAUAUUUUGGAAUUAUAUGACUGGAAUCUUAAAGGUCCUUUGUUUGAAGACAGUCCUCCCUGCUGCCCAAGAUUUCAUUUCAUGCCACGUUUUGUACGAUUUCUUCCAGAUGGAGGCAAAGAAGUGCUGUCCAUGCACCAGAUUCUUCUAUACCUGCUACGGUGUAGCAAAGCUUUGGUACCCGAGGAGGAGAUUGCCAAUAUGCUCCAGUGGGAGGAGCUUGAGUGGCAGAAAUACGCAGAAGAGUGCAAAGGCAUGAUCGUGACCAACCCCGGGACGAAACCAAGCUCCGUCCGCAUUGAUCAACUGGAUCGUGAGCAGUUCAACCCCGAUGUCAUUACUUUUCCAAUUAUCGUCCACUUUGGGAUACGCCCUGCACAGUUGAGUUAUGCAGGAGACCCACAGUACCAAAAAUUAUGGAAAAGUUAUGUGAAACUUCGCCACCUCCUGGCAAAUAGUCCCAAAGUCAAACAAACUGACAAACAGAAGCUGGCACAGAGGGAGGAAGCACUCCAGAAAAUCCGACAGAAGAACACCAUGCGACGAGAAGUGACUGUGGAGCUGAGUAGCCAAGGCUUCUGGAAGACUGGCAUCCGUUCUGAUGUCUGUCAGCAUGCAAUGAUGCUGCCUGUUCUGACCCAUCACAUCCGAUACCAUCAAUGCUUAAUGCACUUGGACAAGUUGAUAGGAUAUACUUUCCAAGACCGUUGUCUGCUACAGCUGGCCAUGACUCAUCCCAGUCACCAUUUAAACUUCGGAAUGAAUCCCGAUCACGCCAGGAAUUCUUUGUCGAACUGUGGAAUUCGACAGCCCAAAUACGGAGACAGAAAAGUCCACCACAUGCACAUGCGGAAAAAAGGAAUUAACACCCUAAUAAAUAUUAUGUCACGCCUCGGCCAAGAUGAUCCAACUCCUUCAAGGAUUAAUCACAAUGAAAGGCUGGAGUUCCUGGGAGAUGCGGUUGUUGAGUUUCUGACCAGUGUCCACCUGUACUAUUUGUUUCCUAGUCUGGAAGAAGGAGGCUUGGCAACCUACCGGACGGCCAUCGUUCAGAACCAGCAUCUGGCCAUGCUUGCAAAGAAACUUGAACUGGAUCGAUUUAUGCUGUAUGCCCAUGGGCCUGACCUGUGUAGAGAAUCGGACCUCCGGCAUGCAAUGGCCAAUUGUUUUGAAGCAUUGAUAGGAGCUGUUUACUUGGAGGGCAGCCUGGAGGAGGCCAGACAGUUAUUUGGACGCUUACUCUUUAAUGACCCGGAUCUUCGAGAAGUCUGGCUCCAUUAUCCUCUCCACCCACUCCAACUACAAGAGCCAAAUACGGAUCGACAACUUAUUGAAACUUCUCCAGUUCUACAGAAACUCACAGAGUUUGAAGAAGCAAUUGGAGUCAUUUUUACUCAUGUUCGACUUCUGGCAAGGGCAUUCACGUUGAGAACUGUGGGAUUUAACCACCUGACCCUAGGCCACAAUCAGAGGAUGGAAUUUCUAGGUGACUCCAUAAUGCAGCUGGUAGCCACCGAGUACUUGUUCAUUCACUUCCCCGAUCAUCAUGAAGGACACUUAACGUUGCUGCGAAGUUCUUUAGUGAAUAACAGAACUCAAGCCAAGGUGGCGGAGGAGCUGGGCAUGCAGGAGUAUGCCAUCACCAACGACAAAACCAAGAGACCUGUGGCCCUGAGAACCAAGACACUGGCAGACCUUUUGGAAUCAUUUAUUGCAGCUCUGUACAUUGACAAGGACUUGGAAUAUGUGCAUACUUUCAUGAACGUCUGCUUCUUUCCACGGCUGAAGGAGUUCAUUUUGAACCAGGACUGGAAUGACCCCAAAUCGCAGCUACAGCAGUGUUGCCUGACGCUGAGGACGGAGGGGAAAGAGCCAGACAUUCCCUUGUACAAGACUCUGCAGACAGUGGGGCCAUCCCAUGCUAGAACCUACACCGUGGCUGUUUACUUCAAAGGAGAAAGGAUAGGCUGUGGGAAAGGCCCAAGUAUCCAGCAGGCAGAAAUGGGAGCAGCAAUGGACGCACUUGAGAAAUAUAACUUCCCCCAGAUGGCCCAUCAGAAGCGCUUCAUUGAACGGAAAUACAGACAAGAGUUAAAAGAAAUGAGAUGGGAAAGAGAGCAUCAAGAGAGAGAGCCAGAUGAGGCCGAAGACAUAAAGAAGUAAAGGAGGGCACGGAGUGCUGGCGCAUUUUCUUGCCUAAGAACUGUGACUGCUGCCCAUCGAGACCUAGCCUAGUUUUCCUUCAAUGAAUGAAGUGUGCGCCCAUUGAAAUAAAACUCCAAGUCAAACUGCGAUUGUUGUUUCAUUGAUUAGAUGUUCUGUUUCUAGCUGGAUGGUCUUUAUUACAGAGUAUUUGAUUUCUGUGUACUGGGUUGCAUUAGUCCCUUUAUUUUACUUUUAAAAGAUUAAAAUUCAGGAAACCAUAUUCUAUGGAAUGUCAUUGUUUUCUGUUUCAGAUUGUGACUUCAGACUAUUGGCUGAUGAGGAACAAGCUCACUUUACUAGAUUUACAAAUCUAUCUAGUAUAUUGGUAUUUGUCACUACUGAUUAUGGUAACACAUUUCCUUUUUUGCAAUCUGCAUUGUUGGUCAAAUUUUUCAGCUUUCAUCUGGAUGUUUCUCUAGUACUCAUGAGUGAAUAAGGAGCUAACCCAUUGCAGGCAGUAGUGAGUGUGGUGUAGAAGAAACCCGUUGAGCGUCUGACCAGUUAAUGGAGCUGCAGAAGGACUCCAGUGAGUCACACACAUUCUUGGAGUCAUCUGAGCAGGGAAGAAAUCGCUGUGCUAUGUCAGAACAUCUUUUAAACAGCUGCCCUCACCCUGGGCUUUGUAGUCCUUACCCAAGUUUAUAGUCUCAGUGUCUCCUGAAGUUGUAUUUAAUUUUAUGUGUGUGGAGUAGGGGUCGGAAGGGCUAAGAGUCACGAAGAAAAGUUUCCAUAGCUUUUAUCAGCUUCUCUAAUGGUCCCCUAGUAAAAAGACAACUUUUUCCUUUAAACAGUUAUUUUACGCUGAACAUCCAGGGUUUCUUAUUAAUAAAAGAAAAACUUUCUUGUAA